AUGAGUACAGGCGCGAAAAAGCGAAUUAUGAAGGAGUACGGUGAAUGUAUGGCCGACACGCCCACGGGCAUGAAGAUCAACUUUGAUGAGCAGAACAUGACCAAGUGGGAGGUCCUGAUGGACGGCCCUGCGCAGUCCGUCUACGCUGGCGGCCACUUCAAGCUCGAGAUUACCUUCCCUACCGAAUACCCGUUCAAACCGCCGGUCGUAAGCUUCCGGACCAAAAUCUACCACCCCAACGUCAGCAACGAUGACAAGGGGUCCAUGUGCCUGGGUCUGCUGCGUCCCGACGAGUGGAAGCCGCCGAACAAGGUCGUCUCUGUGCUGCGACUCAUUCAGACGCUUCUGAUUGAGCCCAACCCAGACGACUCGAUCGAGCCUUCUAUUGCGAAUGAGUACCGGGAGAACCGUGCGGCGUUUGAGAAGAGCGCAAAGGACUGGGUCAAGCGCUACGCGAAGUUCCCGGCGAACGGCGGAGAGAGGGGUCUGUAUUUGGGCAAAGGCUGUUUGGGGGCUGAUUUCGUGUACCAAGUCGGGACAUAUGGCAGUGUCUGGCGAGCUCAGCAGAAUGAAUUGGGGGCGCGAGGUCUCGGUCAGGCGCGCGAGUCAGGGCUUGUGGUGGACGGCGGCUGCGUGCUCGUCGCAGCGCGCAGAAGCAAAGCGACCGCCCGUACAGGCAGCGCGGUGCAGAAGGGGGUAGCCUGGCAGCAAGAUUGGCUGGCAGCAGGCGGCGGCGCGGGGCUCGCAGCAGGUGCCGUCACGCUGGGCGGUCGCGACUCUGGCUCUGACUUUGACUCUGCCUCUCUCUACACCGUCCCAUUCCUUGCCUCGAUUCUUCUGCCUGCUGCCACGUCGGUCGGGCCACUCGCGACCGUCUCCUGCUGCAGCCGCCGCCUCCGUCCACACACGCCCCACGAGAACGCGCACCCUCACGCACGCCUACGAUUCGCUGCCCCCCGCGAGAAUGCUCCUGCAAAGCACCGCCUCUUCUCCCUCCACCACGUCCACGACCACGUCCUCCCCACUCGAAUGAGCAGAAUCGUCCGCGGCCCAACCCUCUCGGUCAGCGCACCGGCCCCAUGGCCCCAGCGGCCCUACGCAGCCUACGCACCGCAGGGCUUCGGCGCCGGGCGGUCCAAGCAGCCAAUGCGCCUACAAAUGGACGCCGCCCGCCAUCCCGCCCCGUUGUCGCCGCUCAACAAAGGCCCUGCCCGCGCAGAGCGCUACGCAGCAUCGCCGACCAUGGGGCCCACGAUGCUGCGCCAGCCCGGAGUUCCAGCAUCGCCCGACCUCCGCGCCAUCUUCAACCCCCUCGCCAGCAACCCCGUGAACCAGGAUGGGCCAACGUGGGACUCGGCCUCGGAAGACACGUCUGGUGCCGUGUCUCCCCACAGGACCCGUGGCAUGACCGCCUCUUCGCAGACCUCGUUCGUCGCCUCACCACCCCUACGCUCCGUCACCUCCAUACCCGACUACGCCCAGUACCGCGGCGGCGAGCGCUCGAACCUGUCGGGGACGUACAAACCAAAUCGAGGCGUGCCCAAUUGGUCCCACACCGACUACUAUCCUCCUCCUCCUGCCCACCGACACUUCCGUAACGAGGAACUGCGGUCUAGCUUCAAGUCUGGCUGGACCAACACCGAGGCGAGCGGCACCGAACGAAGCAGUAUAGCAACUGCGCGCAGUUCGGUCGGGAGUGAGCGCCAGCCGAGCAUAUAUUCGAGAGAUCAGUCGAGGGACCGUUUACGCGAUCGGGACGACUCACCCGAGACGGUUCCAACAUCAGACACGGCUGAAGAAGAGGACCAGUUGAAUGCCGUCGACGACGUUCUCGACUCAUACUACUACGACGAGGAAGACGAGAACGAAAGCAACGACUUUGUCGAUCAGAGCGCUCGGCAUCGGCGUAGCCCGUCCCCAGCACACUUGGAUCUGGAGCCUCCUGGAUUGUCGCAGACGCCAUCUCGCGAUCUAGAUUCCUUGGAUUCCUUCCGGUCUUUGGAGAACCUCAAACAGUGGGACCAGCACCAGUCGUCGUAUCCGGAGAAUAGAUCGGAUGAUGACGCUGAUAGGGCCGAUUCGGCGAAUCAGCACAUGGCUGUUGAUCCUACGUUGGGUACCGCUGAACCCCACACCUUAAAUAUGCUAUGCGGUGUUCGGGACGAUGGUGCUGUUGAGCGAAAGAGUUUGGAAAUGAACCAUCUGCCACCAUUGCACGCAGCCAGUCCUCUCCAGGCUCAACACAGACCGAGAGAUCUUGAAACCAUGACCGGCCAAUCGAACAAAAGGCAGUCAAAGGCGUUGCAUCGAUGCAGCGAGGAGUUGCCCCGUCGCGUUUCAGUUUCGCUACAAGCUCUGGCACUCGGCGCCCCCAGUAGCUUUUCUCGUCCAAACCGAAUAAGCCAAAAUAUCCAACAUUCGAGAGGCGCAAGUGCGAACCGCCCCCAACUGAGGGAAAUGCAUCGUCAAAUCACGAACCUUCCACCACUGCCGUCGAAGAAGUCACGCAUGUCUCGUCAGGAUUGGGCAGAGAUCGAGGCUUAUUCGAAAAGAUACUCCAAGAGACCAAGUGUCUCUCGCCUGUACUCAAGCGAAUCAGUCAACAAAGACUUGAUCCCUGGCAUACAGUCUCCACCAAUACGGGUGUCCCAAGCACUUCCAGAAGUUGACGAAGAUGAGGCGAUCCCUCGUCGCGCAUCCACUAGCGUGUAUGAUCGCAAAAGCACCCUGUUCAAUCUUGGCGUGGCGUUCCCGCCUUCAACGACAACACCGAGAGGUAACGGAGGCUUCGGCCUUUCCGCACCGGCACACAUGGGGAGAGCGAAUUCGGUGUUGUUGCGAGAGAAGAAAAGUCCAGCUGAACGUGAUCGAUACGGGUUCAAAAAGGCUUCUGACAAGAUCAGCGUCCAGGAGUACAACGCCUGGGCUGUAAAAUACGAAGAACACAUCUCCCGACGACGCAACAAAUGGAUUGCUCUAAUGACAAAGCAGGGCCUUUCCACUACUGAUCCUACAAGGUUUCCGGAAGUUAGCGAAAAAGUCAGGCGUUAUGCUCGAAAGGGCUAUCCACCAGAAUGGCGGGGAGCUAUGUGGUGGUAUUACUCUGGUGGUCAACAUCUCGUCAAACAAAAAGAGAUGGUUGGCCUGUACGCAUCCCUAGUUGCUCGAGUCAACCAGGAUGAACUCAACAAGGACGACAAGGACGCGAUCGAACGUGACCUUGACCGGACUUUCCCCGACAACAUUCACUUUCGCCCAGAGCCGGCGACAGAUUUGCUAGAUGGAGAGUCGGACGACGAGCCCUCCCUCAUCCAGGAUCUUCGCGAGGUUCUGUCUUGCUUCGCGCUGAACAACCCCAACAUUGGAUACUGCCAAUCCCUUAAUUUCAUCGCCGGUCUUCUCCUCCUCUUCCUCAAGCAAGACAAAGAGAAGGCAUUUGUUCUUCUCACCAUCAUCACACGAAACCAUCUUCCCGGUGCACAUGCGCGCAACCUCGCCAACACCGAAGUAAACGUCCUCAUGAUGCUCAUCAAAGACUUCCUCCCCAAGGUCUGGGCCUCGAUCAACGACACCGACCUAAUCAACAGUGGCGCCGGCUCAAACGCCCAUCCCAGCUCGAAAUUCGCACGCCAGCCCACCGUUUCCCUCUCAUGCACCUCAUGGUUCAUGAGCAUCUUCGUCGGCGAGCUGCCCAUCGAGACAGUCCUCCGAGUCUGGGACGCAUUCCUCUACGACGGACCCCGCAUCCUCUACCGCUACGCGCUCGCCAUCUUCAAGCUCGGCGAACCCGAAAUCCGAAAAUACCACCCCGGCGACGGCGAGCUCUUCAUGACAGUCCAGAACCUGCCCCGAACAUCCUGCCUCGACCCAAACAUCCUCCACGACUUCGCCUUUGUCAAGCGCGGCUUCGGCAACCUGACGCAGGAGGUCAUCGACCAGAAACGACGCUUCUGGCGCGACCAGAGCAAAAUCGCCCACCAGGCUUCCGUUAAGAGUAUCCGCCCUAUUCAGUUGCAGGUCCCGCCGAAAGACGACGAUACCGAUACCGAGAGUGGAAGGAGACCGUUCGGCCUGAGGAGGAAGGCUAGUCGCAAGUUUCGCACCAUGAGAGGGAGGUAG